AGAAGCGGCAAGCUUGCUCGCACAACGAGUGCUGGAGAUGAGUGCUCACGCCGGCCGCGUUCGUGCGGCGGCCAUGCUGCGGCUGCGUACGCGGCGCAGCGACUGGGCGUGCCAGCGGAGGAGUUCAUCGACGAUGGCUGCGGGCGAGGCGUAUGCGCUGCUCGGCGUGCGCCCGGGCGCCUCUGCCGCCGACAUCAAGGCGGCCUACCGUCGGCUGGCCUUGCGGCACCACCCGGACGUGGCCGGACCCGGCGACGCCGAUCUCUUCAAGCGCAUCACCAGCGCGUACUCGCAGGCGCUGCUCGAAGCGGCGCAGGGCGCGGGUGGAGCGGGCGCGGCUGCAUCGGCAGGCGCCGCAGGCGAUAGCCGGCGAGCGAGGGCGGGCGAGUCUGCGCGUCGUACCGCCCGCCCGCGCGGACCGUCCGACAACUUUGACCACGCGGAGUGGGACGCCGCGCACUACGGGGCGGAGCGGGAGGCGCGGCAGUCUGCGUACGCGCGGGAGCGUGCAGGCGCGCAGGGCGGCGGCGCUGGCGUCGGGUCAGAGGGCCGCUCGAUGGGCUCUGUGCUCCUCUACGCAGGCGCGCUGUACGUGGUCUACCACCUCGUCUACUCGACUCACUUUGGCUGGCUCAGGGAGGAGGCGCACCUGCUCGAGGCGAAGCACAUGGCGGACGCGGAGCGGCGGCGCAGAGCCUCGAGCGGGAACGGGUGACCGAAGGCGUCGAGACUCGAACGUGUAACGUAACUCCGUCACUCUGUCUCUCUCUCUGGAGCGCGCCGCGCGGCGGCGGCGCCGGCGCCCGCCGGGGUCGCUCGCGGUGGCGCACCCCGGUCGUGGCGACUGGCGUCCCAGAGGUGUGUGUGUGCCAGUUAAAGGAAAAGCUCCGUACGGUUAUCGUAUUCGUCCAAAAGCGGAACGGGGGACCAAUCUC